UGGUUAAUGUGAUGAAUGAUGCGUCUGAGAAUCCUCCAAGGGAUGCAGGUCUCAGCCCCACACUAUUGUCACUGUUUCCUUCUCUCUCAUUUCCAACGCACUUCCUUUUCUUCGUGCAAGGUUACACCUUGGACUGGUCUCCAAGCAUGGAGGGAAAGCCCUCUCAAUCACCACCGUGCCUGGGGCCCACGCGGCCCGAUACCCGACCCCGACCCCGACCGCGACCCUCUCUUCCACACCGCAUUUCGGGAAGCGACUACCUUGGCUGAGCUUGGUUCCAUUGUUCUCUCAACCACCGAUCCUGUGGCCAAGUCUCAACUCUCUCACUUGGCUUACUCCACGUGGCGCCUCCACAACCUCCCCCUUGGCCGUUCCCAACCACCACCUAAACCCGCCAGACCCCGAAAUCCUAAAUUGGUUUCCCCUAAGGAAAUUCCUGCUCCCAAGGAUUCAGGCUUGCCUCUGAAUGCUUACAUGCUUCAUAAUCUUGCCCAUGUGGAGCUCAAUGCUAUUGAUUUGGCUUGGGAUACUGUAGUUCGGUUUUCUCCCUAUAGUGAUAUUCUAGGGGAGGGGUUCUUUGCUGACUUUGCUCAUGUUGCUGAUGAUGAGAGUCGUCAUUUCGCAUGGUGUUCACAGAGGCUUGCCGAGCUGGGUUUUAAAUAUGGAGAUAUGCCAGCUCACAAUUUGCUUUGGAGAGAAUGUGAGAAAUCAUCUGACAAUGUCGCUGCACGUUUGGCAGUGAUCCCACUAGUCCAGGAGGCCAGAGGACUUGAUGCCGGGCCACGCCUAGUGCAAAAACUGGUUGGCUUUGGAGAUAACAGGACUUCUAAAAUUGUAGCAAGAAUUGCUGAUGAGGAAGUUGCACAUGUAGCAGUUGGUGUUUACUGGUUUGUUUCUGUCUGUGAAAAAUUGGGCUGUGCCCCAGACUCCACAUUUAAAGACUUGCUAAAGGAAUACAAUGUGGAACUAAAGGGUCCCUUCAACUAUAAAGCUCGUGCGGAAGCUGGCAUUCCCCGUGAUUGGUAUGAUGCAUCUACAACUACAAGCGAUCAGGACAAAAACGAUGAUGGCAAGAAAAAGCAGCUGUCAGCUGUUUAUGAGAGGCUGGCUUCCAUCAUUGCUAUGGAAAGUGAGAAUUCAAGUUUGAAUAGGCCACCUCAAUAGUAAUCUUGGCACAAUAUAAAAUGAACUAUUUCUUUCUUCAGCCGCCAAGAUGUGUUGGAACUAGCUACUAAGCCGCCAACAGUGUCAUAUAAUUUAUGCACUUUAACUGAUGAACUUCCAUGAUGCAAUUCUUUCAUCAGCAAACAUUGUUUGACUGAUAUUCCACGUGUCCAUCCAUGAUCGUUGAGAAUUGAGAAAGCAUAAGCAAAUGGGGGAACAGGAUUAUGAUUUCACUUUGUUUAUGUUCCGUUACACCAGUUAGAUUAUGAUGUAAAUAACAAUUUUAUAAAGGUCUUGGUUGUUGGAGCAACAUCUUAGUGGAGAAUGAAGUCAAUGACUAACACUAAGUCCGUAUUAUUUGUUU